AUGUCUUACCAAAUGCAGCACAUUGGCAGUCGUGCCUUCAAUCACGACCAAUCCAGUCAAUCCGAAGAGGAAUACGAUCGCCUUCGCGGCCUUGCGCGCGAAGAAGCGAACAAGCGCAACAAUUGUUUCGAACGGUCUAAACAGGCCUACGAAAACGGCGACGGAGCCCGCGCCAAACAGCUCUCGGAAGAAGGCAAAGAGCACGGCCGCCGAAUGCAAGACUACAACAAACAAGCCUCCGAAUUCAUAUUCCGCGAAAACAAUGCCUCGGGCAGAGUACCUGAGGAUACCAUUGAUUUGCACGGGCAGUUUGUCGAGGAGGCGGAAGAUAUCCUUGAGGAGAGGAUCAAGUAUGCGCGCCAACAUGGCCAGACGCAUUUACACGUGAUCGUCGGAAAGGGAAACCACUCCGCCAAUCACGUGCAAAAAAUCAAACCGCGAGUCGAACAAGUCUGUCGCGAAUUGGGGCUGCAAUAUGCCACAGAAGAGAAUGCGGGGAGGAUCUAUGUCAAUUUGACGGGUGGUCCAGCGGAGAUGCCGCCUUAUCAACAACACCAGCAACAAUAUCCUCAGCAGCAGCAACCUCAUUAUGGUGGUGGUGGAUAUCCUGGUCAACAGCAACCACAAUAUGGUCAGCAACAUGGCCAGCAACCCGGUAAACAAGAUGAUAUUGAGGCGAUUGUUGAAAAGAUUCUACCCAGAGUGUUGCGGAAGCUGGGCGAUUGCUGUAUUGUUAUGUAA